CACUGAUCAACGGAAAGAGCCAAAGAUGUCGGCUUGGUCAUGUGAUCAGCUGUGUCCAAUCACAGCUGAUCACAUGUACACUGAUCAUCAGAGCACUGAUGAUUAGUGUGCCCUGAUGAUCAGUGUAGCCCCAGCAGUGCCACCUGUCAGUGUCCAUCAGUGCCAGCUGUCAGUGCUCAUCAGUGCCACGUGCCAGUGCCCAUUAGUGCCACAUCAAUGCCACAUAUCCGUGCCCAUCUGAGCUGCCUUUCAGUGUCACCCAUCAGUGCCAGUCAGUGCCACCCAUCAAUGCCAAUCAGUGCCACCUAUCAGUGCCAGUCAGUGACACCUAUCAGUGCCAGUCAGUGCCGCCUAUCAGUGCCCGUCAGU